CAACCUACGUUAAGUAGUAGUAGAAGAAGAAGGCACUUCCUGCGCAGAUGUUAAAAGAAACAUUUUCUGAAAUAUUCAUGGCUUGACGGUAAAUAAAUGUGCUGGAAGUGAAAAAAUACCGAAGCUCAAGAUGAACUAUGUACCAGGGACGGCGAGCCUCAUUGACGACAUCGACAAAAAGCACCUGGUGUUGCUCCGAGACGGCAGGACUCUGAUUGGUUACCUCAGGAGCAUCGACCAGUUUGCCAAUUUAGUGUUUCACCAGACGGUGGAGCGCAUCCACGUGGGGAAAAAGUUUGGAGACAUCCCGAGAGGAAUUUUCAUCGUGAGAGGGGAGAAUGUAGUUCUGCUUGGAGAGAUGGACGUGGAUAAGCCCUGCGACACCAUCCUGCAGCAGGUCUCCAUCGAAGAGAUCCUAGAGGAGCAGCGGCUGCAGCAGCAAGCCAAGCAGGAGACGGAGAAAGUCAAGCUGCAGGUCCUGAAGGAUCGAGGCCUCUCCGUUCCCAAAGCGGACAACUUGGACGAGUACUAAAGCAGCUUUCUUUCGUUGUUCUUUUCUCACGAGCCUUUUUCUCAGUUUGUAUCGGACUGGCAACUUGUACCUUUGAUCCGAGGAGUUUUGUGUUUUGUGGGCAGAAUUUUCAAGUUGGAUCUAUUUACUGUACUGGUCGAUUUUUAUUUUAAGUAUUGGGAGGAAAAUGUGAUCAGCUCAUCUCAGUUUUGCAAGAUCAUAGCGGUAAAGUAAAAAAAAAAAAAAAGUUGUUUUCCCAAAUUACUGUUAGUAGUUUUGAGUAUAUAGAAGCACUUUGUAUUUUGUCACAAUGUGGUGAGCUUUCAUGUUUGAGGAUGUCUGGGUCUGCUAAUGAUGAUCACUACUUUCUCAAAUAAAAGUCUGUCAUUAUGGGAGCUGCUUGAGAAAACGUAUAAUCAUAUCAUUUAAUCGUUCCUCUGUCUCUGAUGUAUGCAUUGCUAUAAAAGCAGUUUAUUUUUAGAAUGACCCAUCAGCGUGCGUCCUGCAGAGUGACCUCCUACACGGGACUUUGCAGAUCUACAAGCAAAAAGCAUCAUUCACUGUGGCAAUUGAAUUUAGGCAGAUCAGUGGAUCAGACAGCCUGUGUCCUGUUGCGUCCGGAUAGAUCGAUCCUAUCUGCCCUCAUCAGUCAAUAAUUGCCUGUUAAUUGUUUGGACUAAUGAUGAUCGUGUAACAGAACUCCCGUGCGGGAGACGAAUUUUGCAUGCAGCCCACUAUUAAACCAAUUAUUGCCACUGCCACAUGGUUUUGCCCUCUUCCGCUGCUCAAUAUGUUUAAUGUCAUUAGUAUCACUACUUGUUUUAAUGCAGGGGAGAGACACACAGCCUGUCUGUGAAGGGAAGGUUCCCUGAGAGAUCUAAAGUAAAUUUAUAAAGCGUGUGAUUUCCUCAGGUCUUCAAAAUAAAAGUUGCGAAUUAGUGUUUAACUUCAGUUUUUUUGUAAUAGUUUUUUUUUUUUUCAAUUUAAAGGGAAGAGUGCAAGUAUUUUUUGCCUAGUUUUGUAAAAUACUUGAAAACAUUUCCACAUAUAUUUUCACACCUCUUUCUCAAAGACCCUUUAGUAAACUUUAUCCUUGCCAGACUCUCCCUGUGGAUCUCUGCAGCUCCUCCAGAGUUACCAUGGGCCUCUUGUCAGUGUAUGUUGGGGAUCCCGAGCUCCAGUUCUCACAGGAAGGUGUCCUGCAAACAUUUGGAGCAGUUUAUAGUCCAGUCUACCUGAAUUAAAUAGCUUCAUUACAUUCAGCAGAGUUCUGCUAGUGAUUUGAGUAUUGGAUUUGUGUGUGUUGAAGCAGAUACACACCUAGAAGACGUAGAAGGAUGAGGUCGGAAAUUCGACAGCCCUGAUUUUAUUGGACAGCAAUGUACAGUAGCUCCAUACUCUUUCUAUUUCUUUAAACUUCUCAAACUCUUUCUCCCUGGCCUCCCUUCAUGGUCUUCAUGAUGCUGUUUGUAUUCUAAUGUUCCCUAAGAAACAACUGAGACCAAAUGACGUCUGGAUUUAUCAUAAGAUUAAAUUGUACAGCGUUG